AUGGAGGUCUCCUCUUCACCAGCCACUUCCCUGGCCACUUCGGAACCCUCAUCUGACGGCUGCCGACUCCGCACACUUCCUCCCGAGCUGGUUGACACCAUCCUCUGUCAUCUCUCACCCUACGACGUCGCUUCUGUCUCUGCAACAUGCCAUGCUUUGCGGAAACACGCUCUCUCUGACGUCAUCUGGCACGCCCUCGUCCAGGAAAACGUCCCUGGCGUAACCCUCACAAGUCCCGCCCCAUGCGCCAGUUACUAUGAACUCUACGCCGCCCACCAUCUCGUAUGGUUUCUACCGCGGUACAAGAUCUGGUUCUGCGACCGUGAACUAAUGGGUAAGCUCAUCGUCGUUCGGUAUGACCCCCGACGCGGCUGUAUCGAGGGAUACCAGUUGCUCGCCGGCAGGAACCGAACGACGUACCAACACUGGGCUGCUCACAGCCAGGUAGUUAUACACGGGUUUGAACCACGAGUUGCUCUCCAUCUCGACAAGCCCGUGGUCCAAUUCCGUAUCCGACCGACCAGGAACGAUGGAGGCUUCUCCAAGCGGCCCGGCGCCAACCGCUUUGCCGACGAGAUCCCCAUGGAGUUGGACGAUCGGCUUGGGGCUAUGUUCAGCAACUUCCUCUUAGCCCGUCCGCUAGACCCAGAUGUCGCGGAUGCGAAGCUUGCUACUGGGUACCCCUACGGUAACGUAUGGCCACCGCCAGCGGUACCCGCUCGCCAUCACGUUUCCGGCGGCUUCGAAGGACGGGAUAGAAUUGCCCUCAACUCCAAAGACCGCCCACAGCAGCGGUCCGAGGUCUCUGACCAAACCUUUCGGAUCCGCCACUGGCUGGAGAUGGCAGGAAGUCCUGCGGCACCGGGUAUCGCCCUCGCACCUCCAGGCUCCUUUUCCGGAGUUAGACACGUCUUGAGGGGAAUGCAGUUUGAGAAUGCUCUCGCUGGAGGCAUAGGGAUGACGGGGGGUAUGGCCGGGAUUCACUUGGGUGAAGAGGUCAUCUCGUACUCCACAAUUGACCCAGCUAUUUACACUCCGACGGCCCUCAAGCCAUGGCGAGGGAUCUGGGUCGGCGACUACAGCGGCCACGGUUGCGAGUUUCUGUUAAUCCAUCAACCCGACGACUUACCGGCAACAGAUGCCGAACUUGGUCUUGAACGAGACAAUAUCGAAACCGAUGCAGAAUGGGAAGCUAGAAGAACGGAUGCUCGUAUAUAUCGCGGGCGUUUAGAAGCCAUCAAAUUAACCGGCGAUCCCAACGUUCCGCGUGGAGAACAUACCUUUAUAGUCGAGGACCUAGGCCCAGAGGGCUACGUCGGAGAUGCUACCGAUCCGCCAUUUAUGGGUGCUAGGGUGGUAAAAAGCCGAGGCCAUGUGGCCGAAACGGACUUCGUUGGAGAAAAAUUUAUCGAUAGUCAAUUAUUGCUCAUCAGCCAUGAUCGGCUGGCUCAGUACUGGGUUGGAUUUGGGCACAUCAGCUUCUUUGAGCGGGUAGACAUCGAUGCGGUCCUGAGGCCUUGA